GCCUCAAAUUAGCUUCAAUGUUACUAUAAUUUUUCUUUUUCCAGGUUAUUGAAGAUCCGGACUUAUCUAGGAGAUCUUCGAAGUUUUGUGUUGCAUGAAGCAGAUGAACUUAAGCUCGACGCAUUAUCAUCAAAAGCAGAUGAAGGGAUCUCAAUUCAGUUACCCUGAGAGUUUCCCAUUUCAGGACAAACAAUAAUAUUGGUCACUGAUGGUGUAGUCUUGAGAGCAUUUCACAAAUUUGCUACUCCAACAGUGGAAUUGCCAGGGAAGAUUCAGAAUGCAUCUAUAAACAUCUUUCAAAUAGCUGGUGAGGAAGGGUGGACCAUCAACGUUGGCCAUCUAGAACCUGAGUGAAUGAUUGAAUUGCCAGGCAAGAUUCAGAAUGCAUCUGCCAUUGAAACAUAGUGUCCAUGCCAAACAUAAGAAAUGCAAAUACAAUGCUGUUAGUGUUGCUUGGGAUAAGGUGAGUUUUUUAGAUCUCCUAUGAUUGCCGCUUUGGAAGAAUCCUGAUUUCGUCAAAAUGAACGGUGGAUAUUUGUCCCAAGUCCCAACAACUGUUCCCCCAUUAAACACUCGACUAAACCUCUCUCAUGUCUAUAUUUUAAAUUAUCACUUACACUCAACUCGAUGAUUUUCUCAGUUCCAGCCACUUUCACUCGCUUAUCUGCUGGAUCUUAUUCUCAUUCUUGUAGUCUCUUCAAAUUUAGCCAUAUUCGUGUAAUCACCGGUACCAUCUACCCCAAGAGGUAGCAUCAUUGUAGCUGUAGAACGAUGGCUUCUUCAGUACAGCCAGUAGAAUCAGCUGCUAGACAAGAUAAAGUCACUGCUCCUUACGGCUCUUGGAAGUCUCCAAUCACCGCCGAUAUCGUCUCUGGCGCAUCCAAGCGACUCGACGGUACCGCCAUUGACGGCCGCGGUCGCCUUUUCUGGCUUGAAUCCCGACCCACUGAAGCAGGGCGAUCGGUUCUGGUUAAGGGAGAAGAGAAAGCUGGAGAGGAAGCUAUCGAUGUCACCCCGAAAGAAUUUUCGGUGCGAACUACUGCCCAGGAGUAUGGAGGAGGCGCGUUUACGAUAUCAGGGGAUACUGUCAUCUUCGCAAAUUACAAGGACCAAAGACUGUACAAGCAAUCUGUCGAUUCCAUAGAUUCUACUCCUGUUCCAAUUACACCUGAUUGUGGCUCACCAGUUGUCUCUUAUGCCGAUGGAGUCUUUGAUUCACGCUUUAACCGUUUUGUCACUGUAAUGGAAGAUCGCCGUGUAAGCAGCAUAAAUGCAAUUACAACGAUUGUAGCAAUUGGUCUCAAUGAUGCGUCAAUAGAGGAACCAAAAGUAUUAGUUAGUGGCAAUGACUUCUAUGCAUUCCCUCGUGUGGACCCGAAAGGUGAACGGAUAGCAUGGAUAGAAUGGUGUCACCCUAACACGCCAUGGGAUAAAUCGGAACUCUGGGUUGGCUAUAUUUCUGAGAAUGGAGAUAUCUAUAAACGCACCUGUGUUGCUGGCAAUGAUAAUACAAUUGUUGAAUCUCCAACUGAACCCAAGUGGUCCUCUACAGGGGAGUUAUUCUUUAUCACUGACAGAAAAAAUGGAUUUUGGAAUCUAUACAAAUGGAUUGAAUCUGUAAAUGAUGUGCAAGCACUCUAUUCCUUGGAUGCUGAGUUCUCAAGACCAUUAUGGGUAUUCGGCAUAAACUCUUAUGAGCUUUUUCAGAACAAAGAGGGAAAGAACUUAAUUGCUUGCAGCUACAGGCAGAAGGGUAGAUCCUAUCUUGGUGUUCUGGACUGUGCUCAAAGCUCACUUUCUCUGCUUGAUAUUCCCUUCACAGACAUAGAUAAUAUUACUUCAGGGCACCAUUGUCUAUACGUUGAGGGCGCAUCUGCUGUUCAUCCAUCAUCAGUGGCUAAGGUGAAUUUGGACGACCAAGGAUCCAAAGUAGUUGAUUUCAAGGUUGUUUGGUCAUCAUCACCCGAUAGUUUAAACUAUACGUCAUAUUUCAGCUUGCCAGAGCUGAUUGAAUUCCCUACUGGAGUUCCUGGUCAAAAUGCAUAUGCAUGCUUUUAUCCACCUUUGAAUCCCAUUUACCAUGCUAGUCCAGAAGAAAAGCCUCCAUUGUUGUUGGAAAGUCAUGGAGGACCUACAUGUGAAGCGCGCGGAAUUUUGAAUCUGAGUAUCCAGUAUUGGACGAGUCGUGGAUGGGCUUUUGUGGAUGUAAAUUAUGGUGGAAGCACUGGUUAUGGUAGAGAAUAUCGAGAACGCUUAUUAGGAAACUGGGGAAUUGUUGAUGUUAAUGACUGUUGCAGUUGUGCAAAAUUUUUGGUGGAUAGUGGAAAGGCAGAUGGUGGCCGACUGUGUAUAACUGGUGGCUCAGCCGGCGGUUAUACAACCUUAGCUGCCCUUGCUUUUAAAGAAACAUUUAAGGCUGGAGCUUCAUUGUAUGGUGUGGCUGACUUAAGCAUGUUAAGAGCAGAAAUUCACAAAUUUGAGUCUCAUUACCUUGAUAAUCUUAUUGGUGAUGAAAAGGAUUACUAUGAGAGGUCUCCAAUAAAUUUUGUUGAUAGAUUUUCUUGCCCCAUAAUUUUGUUCCAAGGAUUAGAAGAUAAGGUUGUACCCCCUGAUCAAGCUCGUACAAUAUACCAGGCACUGAAGAAGAAGGGUUUGCCAGUUGCUCUUGUUGAGUAUGAAGGGGAACAGCAUGGUUUUCGUAAGGCUGAAAAUAUUAAAUUUACGCUGGAACAAGAAAUGGUGUUUUUUGCACGAUUGGUUGGAAACUUCAAUGUUGCAGAUGAGAUUAAUCCAAUCAAAAUUGACAAUGUUGACUGAUCAUGUAUCAAGGAACUUAAGGGAUUUGCUCUUAUAAUUUGACAGCAAUAAAUUGAAUGAACUUGGCUAGUUCAUGGCCACUACCUUGGGCAAUAUCUUACAUUUUCUUUUCUUGAACGCUUUUUUUUUUAUUUAUUUUUUUAUGUUUUCUGUUGUCAACAACAAGAUUAGACACUACUACUCUACUCCCAGCCAAAUUAUCUGUGUGAUAUUUACCAUAAAAGCUCACAUACACUGUACUAGGAUUACAGUCACCUCAUGAUGUAUUGCUUUUUUGUUGGCCGACAGGAAAAGACUCGUGUUAGAAAUAGUUUGUGUUGCAGCUAUGUUUAUCAA